AGUUCAGUCCUUUGGCUACUAUGAAAGGCCACGCGGAAGCUUUGGACUUACUUUUUGUGCUUGUGAAAAGUGCAUAGAUAGAAGACAGGGCUUCCCAGCUGGGAGGAGGGAGGAGAGCUGAAGAUCCUGCCUGGGCUGGCUGAUCUAAACAGUCAAAGUGGGCAGCUGAGUGCUUGAAAGAGGAUUAUGCUCGCACUAGAAAUAAGCAGUAAAUCUGUGGUUCUCUGGUCAGCAAGUUCUGGCAAGGAAGCCACUGCCGCUGGUGCAAAGAAUUCUGGGAUGUCUGAGAGUGAAAUGGAUGGAAGGACUCACAUUCCAUCUCUACUUAAUGUCCUUUUGUCCAGAAACCGGGUCAUGCAAAUGAGCUACUUGAAAAGUAAAGAACAAGGAUAUGGAAAGCUAAGCAGUGAUGAAGACAUCGAAAUAAUUGUUGAUCAAAAGCAGGGAAAAGGCUCUAGGGCGGCAGAUAAGGCUGUUGCCAUGGUGAUGAAGGAGAUACCGAGGGAGGAGUCUGCCGAAGAAAAGCCCCUCCUUACUAUGACAUCACAGCUGGUGAAUGAGCAGCAAGAAAGCAGGCCCCUCCUGAGCCCCUCCAUCGACGACUUUCUCUGUGAAACCAAAUCAGAAGCAAUUGCAAGGCCAGUAACCUCCAAUACAGCUGUGUUGACUACUGGCUUAGAUCUCCUCGACCUGAGUGAACCAGUCUCUCAAACCCAAACCAAAGCUAAGAAGUUGGAGCCCUCAUCAAAAACCUCUUCCCUCAAGAAGAAGGCUGAUGGAUCCGACCUCAUCAGCACAGAUGCUGAGCAGAGAGGCCAGCCCCUCAGAGUCCAGGACACCUCCUCCUUAGAUCUAGAUAUUCAAACACAACUGGAAAAAUGGGACGAUGUUAAGUUUCAUGGAGACCGAAACAGCAAGGGACAUCCAAUGGCAGAGAGAAAAUCCUGCUCAUCCAGGACUGGAUCGAAGGAACUCUUAUGGUCCUCAGAGCACAGAUCUCAACCAGAACUGAGUGGUGGAAAAAGUGCCCUCAACUCCGAGUCCACUUCAGAACUAGAAUUAGUGGCUCCAACACAGGCUCGGCUGACCAAAGAACAUCGCUGGGGAAGUGCAUUACUUUCUAGAAACCACUCCUUGGAAGAGGAAUUUGAACGGGCAAAAGCAGCAGUAGAGUCAGAUACAGAGUUUUGGGAUAAGAUGCAAGCAGAAUGGGAAGAAAUGGCCCGGAGAAACUGGAUUUCUGAGAACCAAGAAGCCCAGAACCAAGUUACAAUCUCAGCAAGCGAGAAGGGAUAUUACUUUCACACUGAAAACCCCUUCAAGGACUGGCCUGGAGCAUUUGAAGAAGGCUUGAAAAGGCUGAAGGAAGGGGACCUGCCAGUCACCAUCCUGUUCAUGGAGGCAGCGAUCCUCCAGGACCCUGGAGAUGCGGAGGCAUGGCAGUUUCUUGGGAUAACCCAGGCAGAGAAUGAAAAUGAACAAGCAGCCAUUGUCGCCCUCCAGAGGUGCUUAGAAUUGCAGCCCAAUAACCUGAAAGCUCUGAUGGCUUUGGCUGUGAGCUAUACAAACACUGGCCAUCAGCAAGAUGCCUGUGAAGCUCUGAAGAACUGGAUUAGGCAAAACCCAAAGUACAAAUACCUCGUGAAGAGCAAGAAGGGAUCUCCAGGCCUCACUCGGCGGAUGUCUAAGACCCCAGUUGACAGCUCUGUCCUGGAAGGGGUGAAAGAAUUGUAUCUGGAAGCUGCCCACCAAAAUGGAGAUAUGAUUGACCCUGACCUGCAGACAGGUCUAGGGGUACUGUUCCACCUGAGUGGAGAAUUUAACAGAGCAAUAGAUGCUUUUAACGCUGCCUUAACUGUUCGACCAGAGGACUAUUCGUUAUGGAAUCGUCUCGGGGCGACCUUAGCAAAUGGUGACCGCAGUGAAGAAGCCGUGGAGGCCUACACACGAGCCCUGGAGAUCCAGCCGGGCUUCAUCCGGUCCCGAUACAACCUGGGGAUUAGCUGUAUUAACCUGGGCGCCUACAGAGAAGCGGUCAGCAAUUUUCUCACUGCCCUCAGUUUGCAAAGAAAGAGCAGGAAUCAACAGCAAGUUCCUCACCCUGCAAUCUCCGGGAACAUCUGGGCUGCCCUCAGAAUUGCACUGUCACUGAUGGACCAACCGGAACUGUUCCAGGCGGCCAAUCUUGGCGACCUGGAUGUCCUCCUAAGAGCUUUCAACUUGGAUCCUUGAAGGAAGAGAAAAAAAGAAUAAAGAAUAAUACCCACCCUUCUGUGUUAUUGUACUGAGAAGUGAGAAACUUUUAUUAUGAAUUUCGACAAGGAUAAAUCAGAUAUUCAAAAGGCCAUGGUCAUAUAACCCAAGGGAAUUCAUUUCUACAAACGAUGCCCAGUCUCUGUUCAGAUUCAAAAGCACAAACAGAGUCAAGGUGAGGUUCAAAAGAAGAACUGAGAAGUGCAAGACAAGCCAAGAUAAAGCAACCGUGUGUACUCUUCCUAAGUCACCAGUCUAUUGCAAAAUCUAUUCUUUAUGCUUUAUGUCCCCAGUUGCAGCUAAUGGCACAUCUGAUGAAUUUGUUUAUAGGACACAUGAAGAAAGCACUGAUCAGGGAAUUCUGACGGCACCCAUACCGUCCCCAGAAACCCUCCCCUUCACAAGACUGAACAUAGUGUGGGCCCCUGGUGCAUGCACAUAUAUUGACUCAACUAAAGACAGGCAUUGCUUAACCUGCUCCUGUUUUAACUUUUUCUGUAGCCCUUGUUUCCAGAGAGAGAGCUUUGCUGGCAAAAGCAGUUUUUGCACUAGAAAUUUUUGCUGUUCCCAAACAAAACUUUUCUGGGAUUGUAUAUACGCACUUUAAUAUCUUAUUUAUGCCUUGCUGGAGUUUUGUUUUGUUGCUCCAAUUUUUAACUUGGGGUAAAAGAUUUAAGAACUCAGACUUGUUAGAUCAAUGGACCAAAUAAAAAAAAUCCUGAAAGUAGUUUUUCAUAGUGUAGGCUUUUGAAUGAGUGUUUUUCUUAAAGCAGAUAUGAUGUAGGACAUAAAUCUGUCAAACACAGAUCUUAUUCACAUGCUUUCUGGGACUGUAUGAAUAUAAGAGGCAAAAGACUGUCUCUUCAUACAUUUUCUGCAAGGAGAAAGUUUGAUGAUGUUGUGCUUUCUACUGAGUUUGCUUAAGUGUUAUAUCUUACUGGCUUUCUAAGUGCCCUGCACAAUAAUGUUCCUUUUAAAUUGUUACUAUUUAAAUGCUAUUUCUUAAGAGUGAUAGAUUUUCCUAAAAAUGAUGGGUUUCUUUAGUUCCAUAGUAAUCUUCAGUUAACCUUUUUAUGAGUAUAGAGGAUCAACCUUUUUUAACUGAAACUUACCAAAUGUCAAGUGGAUUAAAAACUGCAUGCCCCUUUGGCUCUUAUUUUAAACAUUUACAAGUAACAGGAAUUUUCUAUUGCCAAUAGUGUUUUAUUUAACCUUCCACUUAGUUCUUAAGUAUUUUGUUCAUAUUGGGGGUUUGAUUAUUUUGAAAGUAUAUUUUUCAAAGAAUUAGAAAAAAAAGUUUUCAAAAGUCUAACAAAAAUAUUAUUUUACCCAGAUUUGGUUCUAGUCCUGUUUUUCACCUCAUCUCCUUCCUUGUUCUAGAAUCUUCCCCCAAACUAGCUGGUCCUAAUUUUUUCAUAUUCUUUGAUUAGUAAUAACUUAUAAUACUCAUGAUUAUAGUUACCAAAAAAAAUUUAGAUCAAAACAGUUUAAUUGACUGGGGAAUUCACUUCCACUAAGGGAGAAAUGGGCACACAGCUGAGGCAGGACUCUGGGUGCAGGUGUGAAUCCUCUCCGCUGUGACCUUGGAGCUUCUGAGCUGUGAGUCCUCCAGGCCUCAACUCAGAAUCACGGGUGUGGAGCCUAGGCAUAUGACAACCUAAGCCAGUUUGUAAAGAGGAAGAGGUGAGGACACUGUGGCAUUCACUGUCAAUUGACAGGAUGACAGCUCCGGCCCAGCAGCAAGAGACAGAGGCUUUAAGGCAUUCAUCUUUGGCAGGAGUAACAACCCAGCCCUGGCCUUCAUUCCCUACAGUUUGAGCAGCAUUGUGAAGAUCAGCAAUAUUUUCAAGAAUGACAGUGGUUAAAAUUUUAGAAAGUAGAAACUCAGGCUGGCAAGAAGUCUUGGGGCUAGCCUCCAGCUGAUGGCACCUGCCUUCAGGAAUAUUCCCAAGAGGCCAGCAUCUGUUCUCUGCCUGCACACUCAAUGACUGGCUAGUUGAUGUGGGUCCUUCAGAGUCCGUCCGCUAAGAGUCUGUGAACAAGGAACUGAAAGCAAACUUGGCAAGUGUUUUGUUUGCAAUGGCAUUCUACACUCGGGCUUAAAUGAACGUGCAAGCUGCUGUUUUCUCACCUUGCUAGCCAUAUUUGCAAGAGAUCAGUAACAGUUGAAAGUCUGGGACUAGUGUAAAGGUGGAGUAGUUUGGUUUAAUUGGAUUGUUGCUGAGGAGUUGUCAUUUUUGUGGUCCAAGAUUUAUUUUGAUAUUGGAAUUCAAAAAGUAAC